AGAGAAAUACACAAGUAAACAAAAUAGCGGCCUCGUAAAACUGGACGUGCGGCGCGGGGAGCGGAGCCUCCGGGCCGUGGGUGAGGCGGGCGCCGGGUGCGGGAGCGAUGCCCGCGGGGGCCGGCACCGGCGGCGGGGUCCCCCCGGGAGAGCCGCUUUAAAGCCGAGCUGAGCAAUCUCAUUUUUCACACGUCUCCUGUAGUCAAACUGCCCCUGUCAGAGGAAAGGAGUUGCUUCCUGUUAUUUCCAUUUAAAUCCUUGUCCCGGUCGUUAGCCAGCAGCCUUUUGCAGGAUGGCACCGCUCGCACCGACAGGCUCUGUCCGAGGCUCCCGGGGGCUCCUGCUGCUCUGGGCAGCACUCCUGGGGACCGGGCUGUGUCACACAGGCACCAAGGAGGAGGGCUUUGCCCAGGAUGCCAGGACGAGCCCACCUGUGGCCGUGGUCAACUGGACAGCCCAGCUCGUGGAGGAGACGUACACCAACAUCACGCAGCAGUGCUGGGAGUUCUUCGUCGACCUGAUGAGGAACGUGAGGGUGCCGGAGCUGUGCGAGUGGAAAGUCAUCAGCAGACCCUACAGCCUGCUGCAGGCCUGCCUGGAGGACUGGGCUGACCGCCUGCACUACGGCUACCCCAACGCCCUGGCAGAGCAGUACAUCUUCCAGAGCCACCACCGCUACUUCCACAACUGCACCCUGCAGCACCAGGUCUACUUCGACCCUCCCGAGGACGUGCUGCUGGCCAUGAUCAUUGCCCCCAUCUGCCUUAUCCCCUUCCUGGUCACUCUGGUCAUCUGGCGCAGCAAGGACGGAAAGGCCCAGCCCUAGCGCCGAGGCACCGCUUUUGACGGCGCCCCCCGGGCUACGGGGCUAGCGGCUGCUUGAGCCCCGCGGGCCCGCGGCAGCGGCCGGUAGCCCCGCAGCGCGGGGGCGUGUGGGGUUGCUCAAGGGGCCGGUAGCCCCCCUCAGGCCCCAGGGAUUAAAGGCUUCUUCCCCCGUA